AUGGCCUCCGCGGCAGAUAUUCGCAGCGCCCUCUCACUACCCGCCACACACACACCUUCUGUUGCUGGUCCCUCCCAACCCAAGAGAGCACGGAAGCCCGAGGGAAUCUCGCGAGAGCUCUACUCGUUAUUGGGGCCCACGCCCGCGGGCACACUUGUAACCAAACAUAAGCCUGCAUUCAAACACAAGCCGAAACUAGGGAGGAGUACGAGAUGGGAGUGGCGACAAUUCAAGAACGGCGCGCGUACAGACGGGUUGAAGCUCAGUCAUUGGGUAAAGGCAAGCGAAGAGCCAGAUAACGAGUACCCGUGGUCCAAGUACAAUGUAUCGGGUCCAGGCUACAACUACACCGAACAGGAGUACGCUCAAUGGCUGCAAGACUCCAACUGGACUCGAGAAGAAACAGACUACUUGUUCAAACUUGUGAACGAGUGGGACUCGCGAUGGUAUCUCAUCGCAGAUCGUUACGACUAUCCUGGCGGUAAAGAGCGCUCGAUGGAGGACCUCAAAGACCGAUACUUCUCAGCCUGUCGCCGAAUAGUGCGCAAUAGGUCUACCAUCGACGAUGCUACAAAGUCCACAGUUCUACCGACCCUCGAAUUCGACAAGGAGCGCGAGGUGACGCGAAAAAAGUACCUCGCAUCACUGGCGAGUCGUACCGCGGAGGAGGUGGCGGAGGAGGAGGCACUCUAUAUCGAGCUCAAACGUCUCGAACAGAACGAGCGCUCAUUUCGCUUCGAACGCGAAGCGCUCAUGCGCACGAUGCUCGGUGUGGAAGCAGGUCUUCCUGGAUUACCAUUCGCGGACGAUGGCGGGCCCUUCGCGGAGAAGGAGAAGGAGCGCAGUCAUGUGCAUACGAAGGAACAUCAUGCGGGGAGCAGUCGGUCCAACAAGAGGAGGUAUACCGAGACGGAGAGUCCCGCUGCGACGCCCGUCACUUCCAGUGCGCCGUCGGUCAGUACUAGGCGAAUGGCGCCUCUACCACCUCCACCUCCACAAUCAACUGCCUCUGCCGAAUACGACGAGAAACACUGCAUAUACCGUCCCGACCCGCGCUCAAUCAUCCCGACGAAAUCAGCGCACAACAUCGCGUUCCUGCGUUCUGGCAAGAUGGCAGUACCAAAAACCACGAUUUAUCCACGCGUCGCAGCGCUGCUGACUGAGCUCGGUGUGAGCCAGACGCGGCUCGUCAUGCCUACACGCGAGAAUCUGGUCGCGUACGAAGGUGUUGUGGAUGCAUGUGCGGCGAUUGUAGACGCUAAGAAGGCGUUGGAUCGCAUCGAGCAAGAGGUCAGGACUGCGAAGGAAAGGCUUGCGAUGCGCGAGAGCCAGAGUCAAGAAGGGGGCGGAGGAACGCCAAUGGAUGCAGACGGGGAGGAUGAGGAUGGUGCUGAGAGUAGUAGAGGGCAAAGUCGGAUGCCGAGCAUUAGGAGGAGUAUGAGUGUAAGCUCUGCAGAUACUACCGCAACGAGGGGUAACAAAAAGCGUAAGGUCGGUUGA